AUGUUCGCGCAGCACACGGCGCUCACCAAGCAAAAAGUGCUCCAGCGGAUGGAGACAGGUAACUCACACAGCAGGGAAGACUUCUUUGCAAACAUCCUCCGCAGUGGAGAAUUCUCGCAGGGCUACCUCGUAGCAGAAGGGAGAUUUCUGACGGUGGCUGGAGGGGAGACAACAGCGACGAUAAUGACUGCUGUCCUUUACUAUCUCCAUGCAAACCCUGGAUACCGCGCGAAACUGAAAGAGGAGAUACGGAGUUCAUUCAGCUCAUAUGACGACAUCACUGGGACAAGCACGUCAUCGCUGUGCCUCCUCCAAGCGAUAAUCGAAGAGACCCUUCGCAUGUAUCCCCCAGUGGCAAUGGGUCUACCAAGAAUUUCCCCGGGAGCAGUCAUUGAGGGCGAAUACAUCCCUCAAGGCGUCGUAGUCGGAACGCACCUCUUCAGUGCAUCACGAAACCCGGCAACAUAUCCGUCACCCCAGCAGUUUCGGCCCGAGCGUUGGUUGGAAGAGCCAUCGCUCCAAGGCAAGAAUGGGCCGCCACCGAUGCUUGCUUUCAGUGGAGGAGCUUACCAGUGCUUGGGUAAAGCUAUGGCGUACUUGGAGAUGCGGAUUACCUUGGCUAAACUCCUCUUCUCCUUCGACGUCGAGGUGGUCAAUGACCCAGGUGACCUCCUACAAGACAGCAAGUACUAUGUACUAUGGGUUAAGCCGGACAUCAAAGUGAAACUCUAUCCAGUUUCCUGA